AGCCUCUGGAGUGGGCCCGGCGGGCUGUCCGGGCGCUGGCGUCCGAGCGGUCUCUGCCUUCUCUUAGGCGCGGGCCUUGGUGCCGCUUGGCUCUGGACUCAAAGCGCGCUGACGAUCUGGUCUCCAUGGUCCCAGGUUUCCGGAGGCGGAGGAGGGAGACGCGAGGUGGACGGGCUUCCUUCCUAGGGAGCCUUCCCCGUGGUGUCCAGCACCCCGCGUCCCAAGAAGAGGGGAAAAGGAGCUGCUCUGGCCAGAACUGAGUGCUCACGCCCACAGGCCUGGGAAAUGGGGGAGCCAAGAAGGAGGUCGCUAUGGGUAUACCGUUUUUAACAAUUAUUUCUAGGUGCGCAGCAGUAGAGAUGGAGCAAACUCAGGCCCUGCCCUGUGCCUGCCAGCUGGAGUUGGGCAGACGUGACUGUAAUGAAGAAUGUGCCCUGAGCCGGAGGUAUGACGGGGACCUGGGGUUACAAAGACAGACCUGCGCUAAAGAACCUUCCUUCAUAAGGAGACUGGGACAUCGAUAACAAGCCACAGGUGGAGUGACAGUGCCUAACAGGGUAAGCGGUGCUGUGGAGUCCUGGACACAUCACACCCCAGCAGGUGUCAGGCUCAGUUGGGUUCACAGACCCCCUCCCCAUGGAGUGGAGUUACCAUGGAGCCAAGGUGACUUCACACCCUGGCCACCUUGGGAGGUAGGAGAGUAGACUGCUCUUUUGUAGUGGUUCUUGGUUUCCACCUGUUUCCAGCUAAAGCUAGACCCCAGUCUCAAAGUCGACUGGGCCUGUGAGCCUCUGUUCUAGAUCGCAGAGCAUCCUCUGCCCACUCCAGCCCAGAUGACCUUCCUUCACCUUUAGAUCUGGCUUCUACCUGCUGCUGAGAACUACCACCUUCCAGAACCACCUCCAGGCUAAGAAUGCCAUCUGGAAGAAUGGUUCCAGGAGCCAGGUGCAGUCUGCACUCAUGGGACCUACAAGGAAGGGAAAGCAGCAAGAGGACAUGUGUUGUCAUCUUGAUGCCGAGCCUCAGCUACACAUGCAGGACAUUCACGGCAAGCUGUCUCUGAAGGAGUGAAGUCAUGGAGGAGACAGGAAUUCCUUGGCCAUGAGCCCUUAGUCCAUUCUGGCUUCCAGGGUACUUUCUCCUUCCCAGGUCAGCAAUGGAAAAGCCUACAGACAGGAAAAAGAAGACCCAGGCCCCAAAGGAGGAGGCAGAUGUGCUGAAAGCCCCUCUCAAAGGAGAAAAUGCAUGCGGUGGGAAAAAGUCAAGCAAGAGACCUGCAGCAGGCAGCAAGCACCACAAGGAGCCCAUCUUGAGCCCUGAAGAUGAGGCACACCUCUUCGAUGCCUUUGAUGCCUCAUUUAAAGAUGACUUUGAGGGGGUCCCUGUGUUUGUUCCCUUUCAGAGGAAGAAACCCUAUGAGUGCAGCGAAUGUGGGCGAAUCUUUAAGCACAAGACAGAUCACAUUCGCCAUCAGAGAGUUCACACUGGAGAGAAGCCUUUUAAGUGUGACCAGUGUGGAAAGACUUUCCGGCACAGCUCUGACGUCACUAAGCACCAGAGAAUUCACACCGGUGAGAAGCCCUUUAAAUGCGGGGAGUGCGGAAAGGCCUUUAACUGUGGCUCCAACCUCCUGAAACACCAGAAAACACACACUGGAGAGAAGCCUUACGAAUGUGAGGAAUGUGGGAAAGCCUUUGCCUACAGCUCUUGUCUCAUCCGGCACCGGAAACGUCACCCACGGAAGAAGCACUGAGCAGGAGUGAUUUGCAGGACUCAGUGUGCCGCUUCACCGUGGCUCCCUCAUUCAGCACUAGAUGGAGCCCCAGGGUUCAUGUGCAGUGUAUUGGAUGUGCCUCUGGCUGCCCACCUCUGUCACCAGGAAAAUCCACCCAUCAGACAUGUGAGUGCACAAGAGGCCUUUCUGUCCUACAGUGACUGCACUAAGCCAGUGAUUAACAUGGAGGCUCCUCAGGACUCAGUGCCAGAGAGACACAGAUGUGUUAACUGCUGUCCAUGGGACAGCCUUGGGAUGCCAAGAAUGCCCAGCAGAAGAGGCAUUGCUGGUGAGCCAGCACCUCCCGCUGCCAUCUCUGCCUGUGUUAUCCCCUCUACUUCAGCCAUUUCACCAGCACUUUUGAGGGCUUUAGUCUGUGGUCACUUACCCCUCUGGGUCCCCAAGCCCAGCCCCAUGCAGCCUGGUAGGAGCCAGGGACCUGGAGCUAAAUAGCAAGCAAGUCCUGCUUGUACCCACACAGCUGACUUCACGGGCCAUCCCGCAGUUUUUCUCUUCUCAGGCUGAAGCACCAGUCUCUGAGCUGAGGUCAGGCCCUGUUCUGGAACUGGGUCACACAGUGUGCCCUCCUGCCCUAGCCAACAUCCUUGAUGGGCAAUCUGACUCACUGGAUAUUCCAUCAGACACAGGCUCCUCAGGCCCUUGAAAGCUGCCACCGUGAGAGAUUUCUGGCCUGGCUGGUGAGGUGGCCCCCAGUGUGCUGUUAGCGGUUUUGAUGCACUGGACCUUCAAACACAGUGGUGACCCAGCCCCGACAACAGCUCUCCACUCAGGAUGGGGCCCAGAUGUGGAGUGUCAUGCUACCAAAUACCUGCCUGUGUGGGGCCACAUAGACAGCUGCAGCAGUCACCCUAGCCCUCCUGCAGCAGGAAGAAUGCUUGGCUUGUGCAAGAAGCUCCAUCAAGGUGUUUUCCAAAUCUCUUGCCCUGAUCCAUGCCUAUACUCAGGAGAGAAAGAGGGACCAUGCCCAGAGAUCAACCAAGACAGCGUGUGCACGUGCACUGUGCACACACCCAAGGGCCCACAGCCUGCAUAGCAAAAGAGCACAGACUUGUGUCCAGAGACCAUCCUUUCCAGGCUGAUAGAGCAGACCACCCAAGCAAGAAGCUCCUGAGGAAAAAGUGUACAAAGGAACCUCAGCACCAACAGGAACCAGCCCCACACGCCUGUUCAAAGUUGGAGCAGAGAGGCUUCUCCAGCCAUCUUGGCUGAGGCUCAUCUACCACAGAGAACACAGCAGCAAGGCCUGCUGGGAUGUGCACCCAGGAAGGCUGUCACCCCAGAGUUGCUUGGCAGCCAGAAAGUCAUGCUACAGGUGGGUGAGUUCAAGGAGGUCCUAUGGACACAGCGGAACAACUGCAGGGUACUUGAUUCCCACCCUUAAAUGCUAAGAUGAUCCAUUGUACAGCUUUUCACAGUGACCAUUAGUCCUCGCUCACAAUCAGCCUGGGCCUGUGGAGAGCUCCCAACACCAGGUCUACUUCAGCAAGGCCUCUCUGGAGGGGUGUCCUACAAACCAUCUUGGUGUUCAGAACCUUCUAGACAUCUGAGAAGUAUCCUAGGGGAAACCUGAGACCCCUUAAGCCAAGUCUCGGGUUAUCAGUGCAGGCAAAUAGGCAACAAAAGCCAGAAACUCCCUGGGAGCAGAAGGCAUCCACACAGCCCCUGGGCUCCACCUACACAGUAUCUCCCCAACUGCCAUGUCCAGUAGGCACUGCCCACCUGGGCCUUGUCCUUCAGAAAGGGCACUGACUGUGCUGCAGCUGGGCCUCACUCAAAGAGAGCCUCUGCCACAGACCUGACGUCAAGUGUCUCAAGCAAGCCUUUGUGAGCUGCACCAGCGUCUGUCCCUGCAGCCUCGUUCUGGCCAGGAGGAGAAGCAGGAAGGGAGCCCUGGUCUGGGCCUAUGUCUCUUCUGCCCAGGGAGGGGCAGUGCUGACCAGCAAUUUAGACUUGGCCCUGGCCAGCUCUGCCCUAGUUUCUGACUGGAUGUUGACCCCAUGGUGUGCCUGGGCUUCAUUUCUAGUGACCUCUGGUAUCCAUCCCAGCUUAGACACCAAGAUGUGAUCGUUCCCUGUGCAAGUAAGCUGAGACACCAAGACACUACAGAGGAAGGCAGGUCUAGGGGAUCCCGGGGAGAAAGGCCAGGCACCCUGGCUCAGGGAACAGGUGCUCUGUGGUUCUGGAGAGACUUGGAGAUGGAUGGGAUGUACUCUAGGUGCCUGCCACACUCUUCUGUAGGCCAGGAGACGGCUCCAGGCAUCAGCCUGCAUCUGGUACCUUGGAGUUUGGUGUUUGCUGUCUCCUGAUUCCUCCUCAAAUUCCAGCUUCAUGUUCAGAGCAAGCAACUGAGGACAAGCAAACUUGUCCUCACCUGGAUUGAAAUCCCGGAGACUCAAGCUUGUUGUGGUGACUCCUCACUGACCUCUGGCCUCAGGCUGCCAUCCUUGCAUACUGCUUGGGGAAGGAGCUCCAGGCCUGAAGAGGGUUCCUGGCAUCUCAAAGCCAGUGGCAUCCUGCCUGGCUGGUAUCUUAGUGGUCACACCUCUUACCUGUGUGAAUGAUUUGGUGCAGGGAUACCCCGCAUGUCCAAACGUCCUGUACAUUCUUUGUGGAUGUGUGUCCUGCCCUUGUGUGCUAAAUUGCAAUGACCACUGUGUUGUGAGCACUCCUGUAACAGCCAUGAUCUUGACCUUCGGUGUUGUGGCAGGUAUUGUGUGCAAUCUGGUAUUCCCACUGUAAUUUUGUAUUGUCUAAAAAACUUAACUUCCAGCUAGCCAAAAGCGACCAGCUUUUAUAUGACAUCUGGUCCUUAGUAUCAUGGGCAUUGGGGUAUACAUUCUGUUUUGUUUUCCACUUCUGUGACUUACUUUGGAUGUGACCCCCAAGCCCCGUGGAUGGCUGUGCUGGUCUCCAUGUUGCCUUCUGUUGCUGCCAGUUUCAUUACCAGACGUUGCCUUUUCCUGCUGCUUGUGGAUCUAUUUUCUCAUAGAGUAAACAUAUA